GGGUCGGGAGGAGGGGCGUCAAGAUGGCGGCGGGGAGGUAGGCAGAGCCGGACGCUGCUUCUGCCGCCGCCACCUCCGCCGCCGCCGCCGCCUCCGCUCCUGUUGCCUCCGGUUCCUCACGCCCUCACCGACCGGAAGAAGCUGUUCUGGCGUCGGGUCUGCCGGGGAAAAUGGUGGAACCAGGUCAAGAUUUACUGCUUGCUGCCUUGAGCGAGAGUGGGAUUAGUCCGAAUGACCUCUUUGAUGUUGAUGGUGGAGAUGCCGGGCUUGCAACUCCUACUGCCCCUUCAGUUCAACAGUCGAUGCCACUUAGUGCAUUAGAACUAGGUUUGGAGACAGAAGCAGUAGUUCCUGUUAAACAAGAACCAGAGACAAUGUCUACUCCUGCACUGUUAAAUGUGAGGCAGCAGCCUCCAUCUACUACAACAUUUGUGCUGAAUCAAAUAAACCAACUUCCGACCUUGGGAUCUACAAUUGUAAUGACUAAAACACCACCUGCAACGACCAAUAGGCAAACCAUCACUUUAACAAAGUUUAUCCAGACCACGGCAAACACACGCCCUUCAGUCUCAGCACCAGCAGUACGAAAUCCCAUGCCCCCUGCUCCUUCAAAAGACCAGGUUCAAUUGAAGGAUUUACUGAAAAAUAGUAGUCUAAAUGAACUCAUGAAACUGAAGCCACCUGCUAACAUUGCUCAGCCAGUUGCAACUGCAGCUACUGAUGUCAGUAAUGGUGCAGUAAAAAAAGAAUCUUCUAAUAAAGAAGUAGCAAGGAUAUGGAUAAAUGACAUGAAAAUGAGGAGUUUUUCUCCUACCAUGAAGGUUCCUGUUGUGAAAGAGGAAGAUGAACCAGAGGAGGAAGAUGAGGAAGAAAUGGGACAUGCAGAGACCUAUGCAGAGUACAUGCCGAUAAAAUUGAAAAUUGGCCUGCGUCACCCUGAUGCAGUAGUGGAGACUAGCUCUUUGUCCAGUGUCACUCCUCCUGAUGUUUGGUACAAAACAUCCAUCUCUGAAGAGACCAUUGAUAAUGGCUGGCUCUCAGCAUUGCAGCUCGAGGCAGUUACCUACGCAGCCCAGCAACAUGAAACAUUCCUCCCUAAUGGAGACCGUGCUGGCUUCUUAAUAGGUGAUGGUGCUGGUGUGGGUAAAGGCCGGACAAUAGCAGGGAUCAUAUAUGAAAACUAUUUGUUGAGCAGAAAAAGAGCAUUGUGGUUUAGUGUAUCAAAUGACUUAAAAUAUGAUGCUGAAAGAGAUUUAAAGGAUAUUGGAGCAAAGAACAUUUUGGUCCAUUCAUUAAAUAAGUUUAAAUAUGGAAAAAUUUCUUCCAAACACAAUGGGAGUGUGAAAAAGGGUGUUAUUUUUGCUACCUAUUCUUCUCUUAUUGGUGAAAGCCAGUCUGGUGGUAAAUACAAGACCAGGUUAAAACAGCUUCUGCAUUGGUGUGGUGAUGACUUCGACGGAGUGAUAGUGUUUGAUGAAUGUCACAAAGCAAAAAAUCUAUGUCCUGUUGGUUCCUCAAAGCCAACCAAGACAGGCUUGGCCGUUUUAGAGCUUCAGAACAAAUUGCCAAAAGCCAGAGUUGUUUAUGCCAGUGCCACUGGUGCUUCUGAACCACGUAACAUGGCCUAUAUGAACCGUCUUGGAAUAUGGGGUGAGGGAACUCCAUUCAGAGAAUUCAGUGAUUUUAUUCAAGCAGUGGAACGAAGAGGUGUUGGUGCCAUGGAAAUAGUUGCUAUGGAUAUGAAGCUUAGAGGAAUGUACAUUGCACGACAGCUGAGCUUUACUGGAGUGACCUUCAAAAUUGAGGAAGUUCUUCUUUCUCAGAGCUAUGUUAAAAUGUAUAACAAAGCAGUCAAGCUGUGGGUCAUUGCUAGAGAGCGAUUUCAGCAAGCUGCAGAUUUGAUUGAUGCUGAGCAAAGAAUGAAGAAAUCUAUGUGGGGUCAGUUCUGGUCUGCUCAUCAGAGGUUUUUUAAGUACCUGUGCAUAGCAUCCAAAGUGAAAAGGGUAGUACAGCUGGCCCGGGAGGAAAUCAAGAAUGGGAAGUGUGUGGUAAUUGGUCUGCAGUCUACAGGAGAAGCAAGAACUUUGGAGGCCUUGGAAGAGGGUGGAGGAGAACUAAAUGAUUUUGUUUCGACUGCCAAAGGUGUAUUGCAGUCACUCAUUGAAAAACACUUCCCUGCUCCAGACAGAAAGAAACUUUAUAGUUUGCUAGGAAUCGAUUUGACAGCUCCAAGUAACAACAGUUCACCAAGGGAUAGUCCUUGUAAAGAAAACAAAAUAAAGAAAAGGAAAGGCGAAGAAAUAACUCGAGAAGCCAAAAAAGCAAGGAAAGUUGGUGGCCUUACUGGUAGCAGCUCUGAUGACAGUGGAAGUGAGUCUGAUGUCUCUGACAAUGAGGAAAGUGACUAUGAGAGCUCUAAAAACAUGAGCUCUGGUGAUGAUGACGACUUCAAUCCCUUCAGAGAUGAAUCCAGUGAAGACAACGAGGAUGAUCCUUGGUUAAUUAGGAAAGAGCACAAGAAAAGCAAAGAUAAAAAAAAGAAGAAAAGUAUAGAUCCAGAUUCCAUUCAAAGUGCCUUGUUAGCAUCAGGUCUUGGUUCGAAGCGGCCUAGUUUCUCUUCUGCACCAGUCAUCUCUCCUGCUCCCAACAGUGCACCAGCUAACAGUAACACCAACAGUAACAGUAGCCUUAUAACGAGUCAGGAUGCUGUGGAAAGGGCACAGCAGAUGAAGAAAGACCUGCUUGAUAAAUUAGACAAAUUAGCUGAAGACCUCCCUCCUAACACCCUGGAUGAACUUAUUGAUGACCUUGGUGGUCCUGAAAAUGUGGCUGAGAUGACUGGCCGCAAGGGGCGGGUGGUGAGCAAUGAUGAUGGAAGCAUAUCUUAUGAGUCAAGGACUGAAAUUGAUGUGCCUGUGGAAAUUCUAAACAUCACAGAGAAGCAGAGGUUUAUGGAUGGAAAGAAGAAUAUUGCUAUUAUCUCAGAAGCUGCCAGCUCAGGUAUUUCAUUACAAGCGGAUCGGAGAGCUCAAAAUCAAAGGCGAAGAGUUCACAUGACUUUGGAGUUACCCUGGAGUGCUGAUAGGGCGAUUCAGCAAUUUGGAAGAACACACAGGUCAAACCAAGUAACUGCUCCAGAGUAUGUCUUUCUGAUUUCGGAACUAGCUGGAGAGCAGAGAUUUGCAUCUAUUGUUGCAAAGAGACUUGAGAGUUUGGGGGCACUUACACAUGGUGACAGAAGAGCAACAGAAUCUAGAGAUCUGAGCAGGUUCAACUUUGAUAAUAAGUAUGGAAGAAAUGCUUUGGAAAUUGUCAUGAAAUCCAUUGUAAACUUAGAUUCUCCUAUGGUAUCACCACCUCCAGAUUACCCUGGAGAAUUCUUUAAAGAUGUUCGACAAGGUCUGAUAGGAGUGGGCCUGAUUAAUGUAGAAGAUCGGUCAGGAAUUCUUACUCUUGAUAAAGACUAUAACAAUAUAGGAAAAUUUUUAAACAGAAUUCUGGGCAUGGAGGUGCAUCAGCAGAAUGCGUUGUUUCAGUAUUUUGCAGACACUCUUACUGCAGUUGUUCAAAAUGCCAAGAAGAAUGGAAGAUAUGACAUGGGAAUCCUAGAUCUGGGUUCUGGAGAUGAGAAGGUCAGGAAGAGUGAUGUGAAGAAGUUUCUGACUCCAGGUUACUCAACCUCUGGCCACGUAGAGCUAUACACAAUUAGUGUGGAGAGGGGAAUGUCCUGGGAGGAAGCAACCAAGAUUUGGGCAGAGCUGACAGGACCGGAUGAUGGCUUUUACUUAUCAUUGCAAAUAAGAAACAACAAAAAAACUGCAAUCUUAGUUAAAGAAGUCAACCCUAAGAAGAAACUAUUUUUAAUUUACCGACCAAACACUGGGAAACAACUCAAACUAGAAAUUUAUGCUGAUCUGAAAAAGAAAUAUAAGAAGGUAGUCUCUGAUGAUGCUCUGGUACACUGGCUGGAUCAAUAUAAUUCUUCUGCAGACACCUGUACUCAUGCGUACUGGCGUGGCAAUUGCAAAAAAGCAAGCUUAGGAUUGAUAUGUGAGAUAGGUCUCCGCUGCCGCACAUACUAUGUGUUAUGUGGCUCAGUACUGAGUGUCUGGACGAAAGUGGAGGGUGUUCUGGCCUCUGUCAGUGGCACAAAUGUGAAAAUGCAGAUAGUGCGGCUAAGAACUGAAGAUGGACAGCGGAUUGUAGGUUUGAUCAUUCCGGCAAAUUGCGUGUCUCCUCUUGUAAAUCUUCUGUCAACUUCAGACCAGUCUCAGCAGCUCGCAGUCCAACAAAAGCAGCUGUGGCAGCAGCAUCACCCACAGAGCAUCACCAACUUGAGCAACACAUAAACAGCAGCAGCUUCCGUGUGGUGUUGAAUGCUGUGAGAGCAUACCACUUGCAUAAAAAUCAGGGACAGUUUCCAAAGAGUUCUUUUCUUUUUUCUUUUUUUUUUUUUUCAGUUGUGCUCUCUAGUUAAUUUGGGGGGUAAGGACAAACCUGGAAUAGGCAGCAACGCUGACAGCAAGCAGAGUGGAGGGGACACAUGUCUUUCCUCUUGCUUCCUUGGGGCUGCCUGUGCGCUUUUACUUUGGGUGGGUGAGCAGAGCAGAUGUAUGUGUGCGCGUAUGUAUGUGUCAGUCUGUCUGUGAGUUUGUUAAAUGCUAAAAGACCACAGUUGGUUGAAAAUGCUUGGAACUUCCCAAACUGGCUUUACUUUUCCUUUCUACAGUGCUCAGGGUUAACACAGUACAUCCUUGUCAAUACUGUGGGAGUUCCCCAGAUGCAUGUAUUCCAAGUUUCUAAAUACAGAAUAUAUAUAUUGGUUUCUUUUCCAACUUAAAGUGUUUCCUACAGCAUGAAGUGAAGGGUUGCGUGCCAUGCAUUCAGGUUCUUUUGUAGCUUUUGUUGGCAGUGCAUGUUUUUGAAAGCAUGUGUAAUCAAGAUUACCACAGAAGUCACAUGUGGAGAGAAGCAUUGGAGAUAUACAGCAUUGGGUAUUGCAUUUCUAGUGUUGAUACCUGGGUGUUGCUUCUAACCCUCAGCCCUGCCCGCUCUUCCCUGUCCCAGGUUUCUUGUCAAAGUAGUAAGUACAUACCUUUUUUAUGAUAAAACUCUUUAAAAGUUUAUUUUAAUGUGUUGAUAGUAUUUCUAAUUUGUGCUGCAAAAAAUGGCUGUGAGCCUUUUCACUAGUUACAUUUUCCUUAACUUAAACAUAGUUUUAGGAAGGAGUAUAAUAAUUGGCUUCCAUCUUGCACAUAAUCUUUUUUACUUCAUUAUCUGAAUCUGCUUGGUCAUUCAAACCGGAAACCGUGCUUGAGUUGUAAACUAGACAUUGAGAAAACACUUGGCUUCUGCUGUAUGUUGUUGUUGUUGUUGUUGUUGUUGUUACCCAGUAACUUGAAUAUUGUUUAAUGUGCUAUAAGACAUUGUAGAGAUUAUCUCCAGCUGUUAAAAAAUGGUAAUGUACAAAUGUGAAUAGA